AUGGUACUCCCUCCGUCCGAGAAAAGUUGUCACCAUGGCGUUUUUGCAGAAAACCCCUCCCUAAACUCCCGACACAACCCGUACUCCUCGUCUUCUCCAAUCGACACACCCCGCCGCUCCGACACGGGCGCGUCGACGCCGGAGCUCCCCUGCUCAGCUUCACCGUGCUGCUCCCCUGCUCUCCCGCGCGUCCUCCUCCGCCGCCGGGGAGGCCUACGCCGCCGCUCCCUCCUGCCUCGCGCAGCUCCCCUGCCCCCUUGCCUGCCUCCCAAAUCUCCCCUCUUUCACCCCCAAAGUCGUUUCUUCUUCCUCCCGCUGCGUCUCCUGCUUGCGCGCGGCGGCGACACCUCCUCCUCGUUGCCCCCGACGCCAGAGGAGGCACGGGGCAAGCAGCAGUGUCUCGCGCUGCGCUUGCGCCACCUCGGGUGCGCGUGGGACUAUGCACCGGUCGCCGCUUCGGCCGUGCGCCAGUCCGCAAAGGAGGAGGAAGGGGGUUCCGUUCGCCGCCAAGGCGUACUGGGUAUGCUCCUCGAGUCCCCGCUCUUCAGGCCCCUCCUCACCUCCCUCAUCAAGAAGCAGAACAACAUGACGCAGAACCUAUGUGUAGCUGCAGCAUACAGGUCAGUUCAUCAACUGCUCGAAGAAGAAAAGAAGCGCCGCUGCUGGAGCAGUAGACGUUUUGCACAAUAAGGUGCCGCAAGUCAUCAAAGCACAGACAGAGGGACUCCAUGAGGGCUACUCUGCCCAGAGGUGGGCCGGAUAGGUCUCAGCGAAGUUCAUCCAGCUGCUGGACCAAGUACAGUCUUAUCAUAAACCAAAGUAAGUUUCACAACACAAAUUCUCAGGCUCCUUAUCAUAAAUCAGAGGAUAUCAUUCCUAGCAUUAAGCAGUUUAAGGACUUACAACAGCUAAGUUGAUUUCAGUUUGCAAAACAGAGAAAAUUAGAUGUUUGAAGUGGGAUUGUCUGAUUGUACAGGCAUUUUGUAACACCUACUCCAUCUAGCAUCUAGCAACUCUGCAGUCUGAUUGUACAGGCAUUUUGUCUGGAACUGAAUUAAGUAUGCAGUCAUGAAGUGGUGAUUAUUUGAAGCAAUUAA